AUGUCAUUGUCCAUGGAAUCUCGCACUAUUGAGGAAUUAGUAGGAAACGCCACAAAAUCAUGGGAGAAGGAGUUCCAAGACAACGGAUGGACUUCCACUACGAUGGAUGAAAGUGGUUUUACCUCUGCAAUCAGACACGCUACUCAGAUGGUUUGGGCUGAAACAGGUUUGAUUGGAUGUGGAGUAGGCAGGUGUGGAACGGACUAUUACAUGAAAGAGCACUUGGCCACUGUGGUGUGCCGCUACGGAGAACCAGGAAACUACAUCGGUUCUGACAUUUACGUAAAAGGAGAUGGCUGCUCUUCCUGCGCUGCUGGAUUACAGUGCGAGACUGAUUCCGGAUUAUUCAUUUUCGCAAACGUUUCGUAUAUUCUUGAAAUAUUAUACACCGCCAACACAUCAUCGCAUUUCAUAGUCUGUUUAUUGAUGUCUUCCCAAUAUAGGAGAACUGUGAGAAAUGUGCUUCCAUGUGGAAGGAACCUGCCGGCAGAUGGUCGAAGCAGAGGUAAUGAAGGGAAACGACGUAAUAUAAUUUUUUGUGAUCCUUGUCAGCUGGAACAAGUCUUUUUAGUCUAUGAGAAUCGAAUGGAGUUCUGUAUUCGUGACGACUUUAUCGGUUUCAGUAAUUCCACAAUAUUUAAGCUAUGUGAAUUUAAAUGGAAUCUUAUCUGUUUCUACACAACAAUCAAACCAUUCAAAUAUUACAUGUCCAUUCCUUGUACUCUAAUAAACUUAUUUCACUUUUUCAUUUUGACCCGAAAAUCUAUGAGCACGUCUUCUGUAUAUUUGAUAAUGUCGGCUGUUGCAGUUUCUGAUGUCGUAUUUAUGAUUGAAAAUUUUUAUCAUUUAUUCAUUCAAAUUGCUAUUGCUUAUUCAGGCUGCAUCGAAGAAAGAACUUAUGGAAUGGUUUUGACGAAUCUGAUUUUUUUGAACUUACCGGACUUUGCGAAACGAUGCUCUAUUUGGUUCUGUUUUUUGAUUGCUCUAAUUCGAACUUUAGUGAUUAGGAAUCCGAUGAGUUCGUUCUAUGAGAACCUUUCAAAUUCGGUUGCGUCGUAUGUAACGAUUCCUGCAGUUACUCUGAUUAGCCUAUCGUUGUCAGCAUUCAAAGCAUCGUUUUUUAAAAUAGUAGUAUUCGAGAGCGUCUUCUCUUGCAAAUUCAAUAACACAAUUCAAGGAUAUUCGUAUAUAGUUUUUGAUUCUCAUGUUUUAAAGUACUUUAAUGCAGUCGAUUCCAUUAUUUCCAGUAUUAUUCCGUGCAUGUUCCUUCCAUUCUUAACACUACUACACUUCAACUUUGACAUUAAGAAUUUAUUGGAGUUUGCAAACCACCAUCUGGUUCGUUUUUCAAUUGGUCUUGUUCGUCUUCUAGUUGUGAGAAAUCCGAUGUAUCCGUUUUAUGAUAACCUUUCAAAACCGUUCACGGCGUAUGUCACUAUUUCUGGGGUAACUCUGGCUAGCCUUUCGUUUUCUGCGUUCAAAGCUUUAUUUAUCGUAAUUUUUGAAAUGGGCAGCAUCAGCAUUUGCAAUUCAGAAACAAAAAGUCCGUCUAUUCCGUGCGUUUUAUUCACUUUUCUAACAGGUAUGUUAGUUUUAGAAGUGAAAAAAGCCAAUAAAAAUCGCUCGAAAUUAUUUUCAUCAUCUAAAGACAAAGAAUCACGAAACAAUACACAACUCGUGCUUUACUUCACAUUGACGUUUUUCGUUGCUCUAUUCCCAUUGGGAGUUACUUCGGCGAUUGUGGAUCAUAUCGUAGAGAAAGUAGGAUUUACUGUGAUAGGGGCCAAUUUUGGAUCACUUCUUGGUGUAUUAUACACCGCCAACACAUCAACUCAUUUUGUAGUUUGUAUUUUGAUAUCUUCGCUACAUCAGAAAACUGUUAAAGAUGCGAUGUUAUGUGGAAGAAAUGUGGUUCAUACAAGCACCUCAAUGAGUUGA